UUUGUGUAGCUUUGAUGUAAACAUUGGUUCAUAACAUGAAUUGACAACUCAUUCAAUGAAAUGAGUGUUUGAUUUAAAGUAAUUUAAUUCACUUUGAAUUGCAUUUGAAUCGUAAGACAAAACCUAAACAAAUGAAUAGUAUAUUAGUAUUGGAUUUGUGGCAAAGGGUUGACAAUAGUUUUGCUCCCAUUUCUCAGAAACAGUUGAAUUUCAUCAACAAAUUGGACGCAAUCUCUCAUAACAAUCAAUCAAACCAAUCAGACAGCGAUCGGCAAACAGUUGUGGCCACAGAUAGCGACCCAUUAGUGCCCGACUUCAGCCAUUUAUACCACGUUUGUAUUUUUGACGACUGGUUUGAAAGCAUUGAAACACAUUUUGUUAAUCAAUACGACUCCCGAUUCAAAAAACUAUUGAAUUAUUACUCGCAAUGCAAACAACUAUUAGAAGACGUGAAUUCAUGUCUAACAUAUUUGGAUCAACUGAGACAACAGUACCUUUCGGUGUCUAAUAAAACCAAAACUCUUCACACCUCUUGUGAACAACUAUUACAACAACAGCACGGACUUAUAGUAGCGGUCGAGACAAUCAGCCAGAAGUUGAUGUAUUUCAAUGAACUUCAGCCCAUCUCUAAGAAGCUGUCGGCGCCGACAAUGCUUGUGCUGAACGAGUCAUUGAUGCCAAUGCUGUCACGUCUGGACGAAUGCAUCGCUUAUUUGGAGUCGAAGAAGAAUUACAGGGAAUCGGAGGUGUAUUUGAAACAAUUCCAACACUUGCAGUCACAGGCGCUGUCAACCAUCAGGACUCACGUGAUUAAGACAUUGGAACAGACGUCGCAACAAGUGAUGCCCGAAACCAAGGAUGCGUUGACACCAAACGACAGUGUCUUCACUUUAUUUUACGGCAAAUUUCAGACAAACGCUCACAGAAUCAAGACUUUAAUGCAACAAAUAGAGGAACGCACUCAACAGUCGCCUCUAUAUAGCCAAUACCUGUCGGAAUGCCAUCAGUGCUACUUCACAGCCAGAGAGUCAUUGAUAGGUCCGGUGCUGUCGUUGGCUAUUGACGAGAUGGUGGCCUCAUAUCAGCGCAACUAUUGUCAGCUGAUUAGGAGCUCAACGAAUGUAGUGAUCCAUAUCUGUCAGGACGAAUAUCAACUUUUUUUUCAAUUCUUCACUCAAACAACACCUUUAUUGAACGAUUUCUUAAACAAAAAUUGUCAGAAACUUUAUAACACAUUAAGACCAGUGGUUAUCCAUUUGGAGCAUUUGGAGUCUCUCUCAGAAAUUUGCUAUAUUUUGAAGAAUGAAAUGAUUGAUGAGAAUGUCAUAAAUCAAUCUCAAGAAUUGGAGCCAUUUAUUCAAUCAGUGGAGCGUUUACUACAGGAUACACAGGAGCGACUUGUCUAUCGGUCCAAUAUCUACAUUCAAAGCAAUAUUAUAGACUACACUCCCUGUGCCGGUGAUCUCGCUUACCCUGAAAAGCUUGAAAUGAUGAAAAGUAUUGCACAAAAUCUGGUCGACACUAAAGCAGACGAAACAAGAUCACCGGCUGAUCUGCACGGCAUGUGGUAUCCCACUGUCAGACGUACUCUCGUCUGCUUAACAAAACUCUAUCGUUCAUUAGAUAAGUCGACGUUUCAAGGCCUGUCUCAAGAAGUAUUGGCCGCUUGUAUUGAAUCACUUGAUUUAGCCCACAAUCAAAUCACUAGAAGAAAAGGCGCUCCACAAGUGACUGAGAAAGUGGUUGACUCCCAAAAAGCUGUCGACAAUAAAAUUAAGAUCAAAUGCGAAGAAUUUAUAUCACAUUCCACUCAACUCCUGAUUUCAUCGCUCAUUAAUUUGAUAGAAUUGUCGAAAGUUCUCCAAAAGGAUAAUCAAUUAAGAAGUCAUCAAAUGUUUAGUUCUACAGAAAAUGUCAAAAAAGCAAUCGCCGAAGUGAUGGAUCAACUGAGGGCCAACUUAGCUUUUGUUGAAUCCAGAAUGGCUUUAUAUUUAGCCAAUAGAGACACCGAAAUCAUACUUUUCCGUCCCAUUAAGGUUAAAAUUCAACAAAAUUUGUCAGAUUUAGAGAAAUUGAUUGAAAAGCAUUAUUCCGAAACCGAGAGGCAAGAGAUUUUUCUCCAAAAGGAUAAUCAAUUAAGAAGUCAUCAAAUGUUUAGUUCUACAGAAAAUGUCAAAAAAGCAAUCGCCGAAGUGAUGGAUCAGCUGAGGGCCAACUUAGCUUUUGUUGAGUCCAGAAUGGCUUUAUAUUUAGCCAAUAGAGACACCGAAAUCAUACUUUUCCGUCCCAUUAAGGUAUGA